AAAGCCCCUCUCAACUCGCGAGAAACUAAUAUCUAGGGCAAGCGCAAGACUGUUUCUUCUGAUCUAAACUCCGUCGCCCAAUUUCUCAAACAAAGCAAAUCGAUGGCGCCUCCACCUGGACCUUACUCCGGCACCAGCACUCUCGCCCUUGUGGCUCGUGCAUCUGCUUUCUCUUUUGGGCUCGUUUAUGGCAGCAUUAAGCUCAAGUACCUCAAGGCUAAGGCAAGGUCUCAAAGGAAAGCUGAAGCAAAGGCUCACCACUGAAGCAGGGGGAAUCCUGUUUGUAGCUGGUUUGCAUGAGUGAAUUGAGCUUGGUGUAGGAAUAAAGCAUAUCAAUGGUAAUGUACCAGUUUUUCAUUUCAGCUUAUAAAGUUUUUAUAGACCGUGACAUUCUUAUCUUCCAAUAUUUUUUUGCGCAUUAUGAACAUGGCCCUUGAAGUAUUAAUUUUAUGGUCCGCGAUGACACCAUGGAUGUUUGGUGAUUUUGUUAAUGGGCAACAUGUUGGAUGAUUAUGUGCUUAUCAGUUCAUUGUAAUAAUGCCGUCACCUUUUGGCUCCCAAAA